CAUUCUCUACAUGAACGGCUCUCUUUGGUUUCUCCUUCCAUUUUUUUUGUUUUUGAGAAUAGAGAGAAGAAAGAUGAUACCGCAGCAAUGGGCGCCUCCAUGCGGAAAACAAUGCACCAAUAAAUACGCAGCCCUCACCAAACUUCCAUGGCGAGUUUUCUGCAAAAAAGGAUGUGAUUCAGAUGGAGAUACAUGGGAAGAAUGUUUGGAGGACUGUAAUCAACUAUGCUACAAAGAUCCUGUGCUAAAGGACCAAAAAUGGAGUGCUUAUAUUGAUCGUUCUCCUGGAUCUGCCAGUUAUUCAGAGGAAUGUUUCCAUGCUUGUGUGUCUGGCUGUGGUUACAAGUUUGAAGUUAAACCAGACGAGGCUGAUAAAGUCAGUCCCAACAGGCCACCGAAGUCUGAGCCCGAGCCUGUUCAGAAGCCGAAGCGGAAACCUGUAGAUCACAUCCACCCGCCUGAUAUUCCAGAUACUUCUGCAUAGUCCAAGACAACCUAAGCUUAAACUAAGAAUGUGUCCUGAAGAAAAUAUUUUGUUUUUACAUUUAAGUAUAAAUAUAUCACUUAUUUUUCUUGUGUUUUCAAAUUUUUGGACAGAAAAUAGAAAGACAAACAGAAUAUUUUUUUCAAUGAGACCCCUAAUUAUUCUUUAUUUGCUAUACAUACACUUGCAGGAA